UCAUUCAGUCUCACAGUUCAUUCCUCACCCUGAAGAAACCGCUGUUGCCUUGCAAUGACACUUGGACAAACAACGCUCUUUCAGGAAAAGCUGACACAGGGAACGAUGAAUGCCACAUUCCUUCAGUUCCCCAAUGGAUCCUUCAACUCCACGGAUCGCUGCCCCAGAGACACCCGGAUUACUCAUCUGGUCUUCCCUGUCCUUUACACCACCGUGUUCCUUGCUGGGAUGCUACUGAAUAGCCUGGCUUUAUGGGUUUUCUUUAAGAUUCCCAGCUCGUCCACGUUCAUAGUCUACCUUAAAAACACCUUGGUAGCGGAUUUGGUCAUGACGCUGAUGCUCCCUUUCAAAAUUCUCUCGGAUGCCAACCUUGGACCCUGGCAAAUCCGAGCCUUUGUGUGCCGUUACUCGGCGGUGAUCUUUUAUGAGACCAUGUACAUUGGCAUCAUCUUACUGGGACUCAUAGCUUUUGACCGCUUCCUUAAGAUCAUCCGACCCUUUGGGAAAUUUUGCGUGCAGAAGCCCAUUUUCGCCCAAAUCCUUUCCGUACUGGUCUGGCUCUUCUUGUUCUUCCUCUCCUUGCCGAAUAUGAUCUUAUCUAACAAGGAAGCCACACCGCAAUCUGUAAAAAAGUGUACUUCCCUAAAAGGUCCUUGGGGCAUCAUAUGGCACAAAGCAGUCACUUACGUGUGCCAAGUUAUUUUCUGGACUGUUUUUGCUCUGAUGUUUCUGUUUUAUGUGGUGAUUGCCAAGAAGGUGUACGAGUCUUUCCGAAAAUCCCAGAGUAAAGAUGCCAAAGCCAACAAAAAUCUAGAAAGCAAAGUCUUCAUCGUUGUGGCCGUGUUCUUCGUGUGCUUUGCCCCUUUUCAUUUCGCCAGGAUCCCCUAUACUCAGAGCCAGACCAACAGCAGCAAGAUCGACUGUGCCGUGCAGAACCAGCUGUUCUGGGCUAAGGAAGCCACUCUCUUCUUGGCCACAACCAACAUUUGCAUGGAUCCCCUAAUAUACAUAUUCUUAUGUAGAAAAUUCACAGAAAAGCUGCCCUGUGUGAGGAAAACUGGAAGGACGAGCCAAGAAAAUCACAGCACUCAAACUGAUAACAUAACUUUAAGUUGACAUUUUGUGAGUAACCCCCAUAGAGGAGAUGCUAUAGCGUAGUUCUGCCUACGGUGUUUGGGGCAAAAGAAUUUAAGCAAUAAAAUAAAGUGUUGGGGCUGGGGAAAGGGGAGGUCAUGACUAGGAUGUGUAUGUUCUGCUAUGAUUUGAUUUUCAUGCAUGUUGAAUAGAAAGGGUAGUUCAUUUGAAUUUUUGAAUGCUAUCUAUGAAGAGAGAGUUGAUUUAAAGGAAAAGGAAUUGUUCAAUAGAUUUAAGAGGGGGAAGAAAGUUACUCUGAGAAAGGCAUUGAUUUAAAUGAAACGGUGUGGUUUUCUUAAGAGAAUAUCCUACCACUAGAGGUCACUUCCAACUUAAAAUAAAACAAAACUUCAAAAGGUUGGGAGGUGGGCUAGUUUGUGGAGAUUUCUACUCUAGAAUGAUCACCAUGUUCUCUCUAAAACUCUUGACAUUUCCUUGGUGCACAACUUUCCGUUGGUGGCAUUUCUGAGAAAUCCCUAUUUUGUGGGCAAAUGCCCUUAAUUGUUAUCUGUGCUUAAUUUGACAUCUCCCUGUAGAUGCCUGCCAGAGUCCGGGGGGAAAAUCAUUUCUCUAAAAGCUUCAGACUUGGGGGGAUUGGGCAGCGAGCUGGCUCGGGAGAUUGAGAGUCAGACACACAGACGUGAACCCCAAGUUGCUUCACCCCCAACUGCCUAGCCUUUCCCAUUCUUCUGCCUUGGAACCAACACACAAUGCUGAUUCUAAGACAGAAAGUACGGGCUUUGAAAAAUGAAGGAGUAAAAGCUCCGGAGUCGAGCUGUUUAACACAUAUACAUACUGGUUCCAUAACUAAGUCUGCCCCACGUUCCCCAGUUUUGCAGUGUCUCUUCCCCCAACUCCUCCUCCACUGGCAAACACUACUACCUCUGAGGUGAUGGACAAAUCUCUAGGAACCGCAGCUACUUCAUCUAUGAAAUAAAAUAGAGGAGAUGGAGUUGAUGCCGUCUGAAUCUCUAGACCUAUGAUCCCACGGCAUGGCUUUUGUAUCCUCAUAGGAGCACGUCUCUCUAUUAGACUGGAGUCUCCUCCAGGGAUGGAACAUUCCUUCAUUCUCUUUCUAUCACCAGCCUCAAGUGUUCUGUUUGAAUGGAACCAAGAUUUCAGAAAGGAAGGGAUUAGGGCUGUUGUAAUACACAAAGUGGGAUGGUUUUAGAGCAUGGAAUGUUAGAUUCAUCAAAGUCUUUAUAGGUUAUUUAGUCCAACCUUGUCAUUUUAGAAUUGAGGAACCUGAGACCGGGUGAGGUUAAGGGAAGUAAACAAGGUUGCAAAGCUAGGAAGUAGAUGAUUGUGGUCUGGAACUCAGGUCCUCAGACUCAAAAUCCGCAGCUCUUUUUUCUAUUCCAUGCUCACACUCAGGUAUAAAGGGUUAUUAUAUAUAUGUGUGUGUGUUUAUAAAAUACAUAUAUUAUACAUAUAUAGUAAAAUAUAUUACACAUAUGUAAACUAUGUAUCAUAUAUUUUAUAAAAACACACAUACAUAUAUAAAACAAUUCUUACUUCCAUUUUAGAAUCAAUACUGUGUAUUGGUUCUAAGGCAGAAGAGUGGUAAGGGAUAAGCAAUGGGGAUUAAGUGACUUGCCCAGGGUCACACAGCUAUUGUCUGAGGCCAGAUUGGAACUCAGGAAGAUAAGUGAGACUUCUUGAUCCAACAUCAUUACAUAUCGUACCCCUUGCUCUGUCUUCCACUAGAGAUUGUAAACUUCAUAAGGUUAGGCACUGUCUUUAAUUUUUUUCUUUGUAUGUCCAAAAAUUGGUGUAAUGACAUAUAUAUAGAAAUAAGUGUUUAAUAAACUCUUGUCAAACUGUA